AUGAGACCCACCGCCUCCUCUUAUUUCUCUCCUCCCCUCCUCUCCCUCACGUGUCCCGAGGUGCGAGCUCUUCAGCCAAUCACAGAGGGGUCCGCUGAUCUUGGCGGGAAAGGAACCUCGGUCCCCAUUCCCCCCUCUCUAACCCGAGGGUGGCGGCGACAGGGGGGCAUCUCCCCCACCCCAACAGGACGCAGCCACCCUAUCCCGGGAGAGCUUCUCGGCGGGAAAGGGCCUAACGGCGAGGGGCCGUUACAGGAGCGCGGCGGCGGUCGAGGCCGAAGCCCCGGAGCGGAGGCCCGGCCUGGCCAGGCCGAGGCGGGCGGGCGAGUGGACGGCGAGCAGGAGGCCGCAGAGCGCCAGCCUCACUGCAAGGGAACACCAUCACCAGGCCCUGGUGCUAGGAGGACCAGUCUAACCUUGGAAGCAUCCUGCUGCUGUCUUCAAGGUAUAGAAUCCCCUCCUCCCACAGCACCCCUGUCCCUGAAGCCUGGAGAGAAAUGUGGCCUCACGAUCAGAGGAUCCCUCCAACUGGGGACAGCUCUGCCCAGUUCUAAUGAGAAGAAAAUCUCUGACCAGAGAAGCAGUGAAGGGGAGAAGCCUUUCUCUUGCCACCUCUGCCCCCAGUGUUCCCAGGACAUCUCUGCCAUGACCAAGCACCUAAGAACGCAUGGCCCAGCCCCUCACUGCUGCCCCUUGUGCCAGGCUGGCAGCCCCAGUGUGGCCGCCACGCAGGCCCAUAUUCGAAGCCAUCCCCCGGGACAGCUGCCAGGAUGGACCAUGCAGUCCACUUUCCUCAGUUCUUCCUCCAGACCUCCUCUUCCUCCCCUUCUCGGGCCACCUGAGAACAGGAUCUUGCAGCCUCUCUAGCCACGAAGGGAUUGAAAGGGGGAGCCAACACUGGAGAUGAGGCCUAGAUGCCUGGGCCUCUCGGGCCCUGCCCCUCCCUGACUGCCUCCCAAGUGGGCAGCAGAGUCUUACUGCUGGCGGCUGGCUCCUUAGGAACUGGGCCUCUUGGUGGGCACUGGCUCGGCCAUCACGUGAAGGCAAGCCGGUCCGAGGGCGGGUGCCACCUGCACGGAGCCCGGCUGUGGAACGCAAUAAAGCUGGCAGGGCCUCGGCUCUCCUCCACGAGGGAGCAAAAAAAGUGUCCGACUCUAGUCCCAUUCGAGCACCUCCGGCCCGACCACAGGACCCUCGCGCCCCGUCCCCAGCCUCUCCCGCCCCUCCGCGUGGCUUUCCUAGGAGACGGGGUUCGGGCUCACCCCCACAGCUUUACUAGAGGCAAGUGGUGGGGGGGGGGGGUCCCGUGGCUGUCCAGCCCCGGCUUGGGGGCUGGAAUUCAUUUUCCUCCUCCGAAGCAUCCGGCAGGAAGACCCGCGCCCCUUUGGCAGUGCAUUCCCCGGUUGCAGAAGUGGGGCCUCCCUGCAGAGCCGCUAGCACAGGCCCGGGGGCGGCAGCGCGGGGUGAUCUGAAACCCUUUCCCCAAUCCUUCCCUGCACAGAGCUAAGGCCACUUGUUCUCGUGCGCUUUAUAUUGCUCCGCCCUUCUUUUUCUUCCCUCUGGGCCAGAUUGCCCCCUGGAAGCUGUAGUCCGCGCUGCUAAGCUUGAGCCGGAGAGAACAAUGGCGUUGGUGGGGCGGAAGGACCACAUUUACCAGCGUCCUCCAAGCCCCUCUGUCGGCCUGCCUCGUGCUCUCCAGGGCUCUGCUCGGGAGCACGUAGUCUGCCACUCUCCGCCCCCUGCCUCUUUCGGUGGCUAACAGAAGCAGUGAGGUGGCGGGACUACAUUUCCCGGCGGCCCCCGCGCCACGCUUCUUUUGCUCCUCCCUGAGACUCUAGGCCUCUGUCUUCUGGCGGGGAGUAGGAAGGGCCGGGCGGCGCGUCAGCCUCCAGCUCCCGUGGUGCCCCGCGGUGGUGGUGGUGGAGGUGGUGGCGGUGCUGCGGGAGGUGGAGGUGGAGGUGGAGGUGGAGGUGGAGGUGGUGGUGGAGGUGGUGCUGGGGCUGAGCUGGGCGCGCCUC